AUGGCGACGCCCUCGCAAUUUGCCAUCACUCAGCGAGGCGCACAGAACAGCAUCCUACAAGAUGCCAUCGCUGAUUUUAAGGGCGUACUUACCGAUGACUGGCUCCAGAAAUUUCGAGACGUACAAGCAGUUCCGAAUGCUGAUGCCGUCUUGGUAUUUACCGCACAGCUCGACUCUGUAAACAGGAGCAGAAGAGGGCAGAGUUACGCAAGUCGUGUCCAUUCGUUUCUGUCCUCGGUCCGUAGUUUUUGUGGUGUCGUGGACACUUUUGCAUCUGUGAAGCCAGAAGUCGCCGCUCUCGUAUGGGGGAGUGUAAAAUUGACGAUGGAGAUCAUCCUGAACUAUACUUCGUACUUUGAAGUGACGUCGAAUCUGUUUUUACAAUUGGGCAAACUCUUCCCGCUCUUCGCCGAGUACCAAGCCCUGUAUCCUACCUCAGACCGACUCCGCCAGUCCCUGUACUAUUUCCAUGCGUCAAUCAUCUAUUGCUGCAAGCACCUCGUGGUUAUCCUGCAACGUUCAUGGCCACAACAGCUUGUCCAAGCUAUGAGGACAUCCUUCGAGCAAGAAUUCAAGCAUGACAUGGAUAACAUUCGAACGUGCAGCGAACGCGUCAGAGAUGAGAUCCAUCUAGCCAAAGCACAAGCUGAUCGCCAUGACCAGGAACUUCAAGCAUUGGAGAGGGAAGUAUCAUCUAAUGAUAGGUCUAUCAUAAAGAAAGCAUUGUUGAAUUCAAGCGCAAAGUUAGAGAGGAUCCGCGCGAUGCAGCUGAUCAAAAAAGGAAGGGAACAUCGAGAACGAAUGGUCGAACUAGUGGAGGCUGUUUCGAGGUACGACUAUGUAAGACUACUUAAACAGAGUCGUUCCAAGAGAUUUCAGAACACAACGAGUUGGAUUUUCGAAACAUCCGGGUUCCACCGUUGGAUCGACGGCAACGGCUCCUUGCUCUGGCUUACAGGUAAAAUUGGUUCAGGUAAAAGUAUUGCUGCUGGAAAUGUAAUAGACCAUAUCGUCCGCAUCAAGGGGUCUUUAGGUUGCAUGGUCUCCUAUUUCUUCAUACGAUCGGAUGACCAAGAGUCCUGCACUGCAGAUGCAGUCCUCAAGUCCCUUAUCCGGCAAAGGCUGGAUCCAGCCACGAUCUCUCGAGAGGAUAUACCUGUGCUCCAGGCAAUACAUUCGUCCAGUUCGGACAUUAUCAGGUUGCUUGGUAGACUUAUGGUUUCGCCGCGAAGUUCAUACAUUAUUGUUGACGGACUAGACGAAUGUGAUAAUUCAAAUCAAAAACAGCUACUUGCAGCCCUGUCGUCACUAGCUCGCUCGAGCCCUAACAUUAGACUGUUUCUUUCUGGUCGCCCAAGUCUGGACAAGGAUUUGCGUAAAUAUUUCAAGGAAUCUGUAGAGUCUCUCGUCAUUGGCGGUGACUCUACAGGUGAAGAUAUCCAUGCAUAUGUUGAGCAUAUCAUCGAUGAGAGGAUUGACGACGGCGAUCUUCGGGUCCGAGACCCUACUUUGGCGCGUACUGUGAAGCAAACACUCAUUCGCGGUGCUCAAGGAAUGUUCCUGUGGGUGACUCUACAAGUUGAGGAACUCUGCUCGAAGCACAGCGAUCACGACAUCCGUGAGACUCUUUAUUGCCUGCCAGAAGAUUUAGAGGAGACUUACCGUCGAGCACUCCAACGCAUAGUGAAUCAGAAACACCACCCAAUAGCGCAGAGAGUUUUUAUGAUGAUUGCCGCAUCGAAGCAAUUGCUUACACGAGAUGAACUUCAGGAGGUGCUGGCUUUAGAGAUUGGUCAGAAAUUUAUUGAGCCAGCCCGCAUGAUCAACGAUAUGGACCGCAUCGCAUCUUGGUGUGGAAAUCUGGUACAAGUUGAUGAAGAGGACCAGACCGUCCAGUUUUCACAUUCAUCGAUCCGAGAAUUCCUUUUGAAGGGACCUUUAAACCCUGAGCUUGAAGGAUUUCAUGUUGAUUGGGAGUCAUCUGACCACAAUCUCGGAGAAUUAUGUUUGACUUACAUUGAUCUCAACAAUUUUAGGCGGAUAGUCGCUCGCAGAACCAAGCCGAUAGUCUUGGGUAACCCGUUACGAAUGGCGCAACCAUUUCUCGGGAGUGGAAAACGUAUGGCUCUGUUCGCCAAAUUUUCGAAUACAACAGUAAAUGAGUCCUAUGAGAUAGAGCCGCAAAACUUUGGAACUCAACCCCAAUCUUCCUUAGGUGUCGGUUUUGGACAUCCCUUCUUGAAAUAUGCCUCCGUGUACUGGAUUGCUCAUUCCGAAAACUUCUGGGAGGAAGAAACUAAGACCUGGAAGAUAUGGAAACAGAUCAUAUUCGAGGGCCAUGAGCUGGCGAAGAUACCGUGGCAGGAAGCUCCCCUUAGAGACCAAGGAUCUAUUUUCACUUGGGCUUUGCAAAAUCGCCAUUUUGCCCUAAUGCGGCUCGUGGUCUCAAGCAGUUUAGUCAAAGCUUCUCAGCAAAAUGCCUUUGUCCAAAAGGUUAUAGAAGAUGGCGAGAUGAGAAAUCUUAAUUUCAUGAUAAAGAGGGGGCUAUCUAGCGAGAUUUUGAACUUUUCGCUACAAAUGUCUGCAAAAAUAGGUAAUCUGAAUGUUAUCGAGAGACUGCUAACUGCUGGCGCUGAUGUCAACGCAAAGCCAGCAUAUGAAUAUGGUCGGACUGCUCUCCAAGCCGCUGCAGAAGGUGGUCAUCUAAACGUUGUCGAGAGACUGCUAGCUACUGGCGCUGAUAUUAAUGCACCAGCAGGUAUGCAUGGUCGGACUGCUCUCCAAGCCGCUGCAAAAGGUGGCCAUCUUGAUGUUGUCGAGAGACUGCUAGCUGCUGGCGCUGAUGUCAAUGCAGAGCCAGCACGUAUGCAUGGUCGGACUGCUCUCCAAGCUGCUGCAAAAGGUGGUCAUCUAAGUGUUGUCGAGAGACUGCUAGCUUCUGGCGCUGAUAUUAAUGCACUAGCAGGUAUACAUGGUCGGACUGCUCUCCAAGCCGCUGCCGAGGGUGGUCAUCUAGGUGUUGUCGAGAGACUGCUAGCUGCUGGCGCUGAUGUCAAUGCAGAGACAGCACGUAUGCAUGGUCGGACUGCUCUCCAAGCCGCUGCAAAAGGUGGCCAUCUUGACGUUGUCGAGAGACUGCUAGCUUCUGGCGCUGAUAUUAAUGCACCAGCAGGUAUGCAUGGUCGGACUGCUCUCCAAGCCGCUGCAGAGGGUGGUCAUCUAGGUGUUGUUGAGAGACUGCUUGCUGCUGGCGCCGAUGUCAAUGCACCAGCAGGUAUUCAUGGUCGGACUGCUCUCCAAGCCGCUGCAAAAGGUGGCCAUCUAGAUAUUGUCGAGAGACUGCUAGCUUCUGGCGCUGAUAUUAAUGCACUAGCAGGUAUGCAUGGUCGGACUGCUCUCCAAGCCGCUGCAGAGGGUGGUUAUCUAGGUGUUGUUGAGAGACUGCUUGCUGCUGGCGCCGAUGUCAAUGCACCAGCAGGUAUGCAUGGUCGGACUGCUCUCCAAGCCGCUACAGAAGGUGGUCAUCUAAACGUUGUCGAGAGACUGCUAGAUGCUGGAGCCGAUAUCAAUGCAGAGCCAGCAUAUGAACAUGGUCGGACUGCUCUCCAAGCCACCGCGGAAGGUGGCCAUCUUGAUGUUGUCGAGAGACUGCUAGAUGCUAGCGCCGAUAUCAAUGCAGAGCCAGCAUAUAAAUAUGGUCGGACUGCUCUCCAAGCCGCUGCAGAAGGUGACCAUCUUGAUGUUGUCGAGAAACUGCUAGCUGCUGGCGCUGAUGUCAAUGCAGAGCCAGCAGGUAUGCAUGGUCGGACUGCUCUCCAAGCCGCUGCAAAAGGUGGCCAUCUAGAUAUUGUCGAGAGACUGCUAGCUGCUGGCGCUGAUAUCAAUGCAGAGCCAGAAGGUAUGCAUGGUCGGACUGCUCUCCAAGCCACUGCGGAAGGUGGCCAUCUUGACGUUGUCGAGAGACUACUAGAUGCUGGCGCCGAUGUCAAUGCAAGGCCAGCAUAUGAACAUGGUUGGACUGCUCUCCAAGCCGCUGCAGAAGGUGGUUAUCUAACUGUUGUCGAGAGACUGCUUGCUGCUGGCGCCGAUGUCAACGCAAGGCCAGCAUAUAUACAUGGUUGGACUGCUCUCCAAGCCGCUGCAGAGGGUGGUCAUCUAGGUGUUGUUGAGAGACUGCUUGCUGCUGGCGCCGAUGUUAAUGCACCAGCAGGUGUAUAUGGUCGGACUGCUCUCCAAGCCGCUGCAGAAGGUGGCCAUCUUGAUGUUGUCGAGAGACUGCUAGCUGAUGGCGCUGAUGUCAAUGCAGAGCCAGCAGGUAUGCAUGGUCGGACUGCUCUCCAAGCCGCUGCGGAAGGUGGCCAUCUUGACGUUGUCGAGAGACUGCUAGAUGCUGGCGCCGAUGUCAAUGCAAGGCCAGCAUAUGAACAUGGUUGGACUGCUCUCCAAGCCGCUGCAAAACGUGGUUAUCUAGCUGUUGUCGAGAGACUGCUUGCUGCUGGCGCCGAUGUCAAUGCACCAGCAGGUGUAUAUGGUCGGACUGCUCUCCAAGCCGCUAUAGAGGGUGACCAUCUCGAUAUCUUCAAGAGAUUAAGGGCGGCUUAGCUACCGCACGUAUCGGAAUGGUCGGCAGACGUAUAGAUCCCGGCUUUGGCGUCUUCGUGGUUCCUACCAUAAGUGUGGCCCUUCUGGAAACGCCUACCAAGAUAACAGCCUAGCAUGGAAAUUGCUUAACGUUAAUAACGGGCCUUUACUAUGCUUUCCCCCCUUCAUGCAGAGCGAAGCUAUCCGCAAACUGAGAGGUCACACAUUCCUGAUCAGUCAGGAAAGGACUGACUUCUGCGACACUCAUCGACUCGUCCGGUCAGCGAUGCGCAACAGGGUCCAGAAAGAAGAGCCAGGGUAGAUCAAGUAUCCAUCCCUUAUCACGAAAAUCGAGGAGUCUAACUAUUUACAUGCCACGUGUAACGAUGGUCCUAAAGAUGAAGGCGAAUAUCUAAAGAGAGUGGAAACCCGUAUUUAAGAGG